UUAUUUAGACGUCAAAAUGACGAUAUCAGAGAGUACAAUUUAGAUUUUUGAAAUUCUCAUUGUAAAUAAGAUUUAAAUGCUAAUUAUUAAAUAGAACACAUGACAAAUAUCUAUAUUUAUUGUGACGACCAAUAGUUCCAUUAGUUCUAGUCAGAAAUGUUACUUAAUGACUCGCCAUAUGACAUAGAAUUUUUCUACAACUUUUACGUGAAAUUCCUUGCGGAACUGUUGUUGUAUUUUAGGAAUUUCGCUCUUUACAUAAGCUUAUGGCUGUUGGGGUAUGUGUUGGUGUGUUGUGUGGUGUAUCGGCGGUAUGCAAGGCGGCUACCGACGAGGACUCGUGGAGCUUUAGGCGCGAAGAGAGUGUUGGUAGUGGUCGCGCACCCGGAUGACGAGUGCAUGUUUUUCGGGCCCACGAUCUUCAGAUUGUGCGAGCAGGGUGCUGACGUGCAUGUGUUGUGCUUAUCUAAUGGUAACUUCGAAGGCAAAGGCCGUUUAAGACGUAAAGAGCUAUGGGAUGCUUGCAAUGAGCUGGGUGUUCCAGACGAGAACAUAUGUUUAAUAAUGGACGAUAGACUGCAAGACAACCCUAAGAUCAACUGGCCAGUGCCCGUAUUGGCCAAGCUGAUCCAUCACCAGUUAGAAUCAAUAGAUAUAGAUACGCUUGUUACGUUUGACCGAGGAGGUGUCUCCGCACAUGCCAACCACUCCGCUGUGUUCUAUGCUGUUGCUUAUAUGUUUGUUGAGAAGUUAAUACCACAAAGAUGUACUGUGUACACAUUGGAUUCAGUGAAUUUGUUCAGGAAAUACAUUGGAUUCCUUGACCUGCCACUUAGUUUCUUAUUGUCCUCUAAAAGAUACUUUCUACGCUGGACGGAAAGCCGUCGCAUAGUCCGAGCGAUGAAGAAGCAUCGUUCACAGAUGGUCUGGUUCCGGUACCUCUACGUGUUCUUCUCAAGAUACAUGAUCAUCAACACGUUGCGGAGAAUCAGUCUCGCAGACAUUGAGCUUGAGUUGGAGGUCGAUGAUUAAGUACAAAGACUAAGCGAAAAUAAAACAAUAAGGUACUUCAGAACAAAGGAAAAAUGUGGAUUCUGCACGCAAAGGCGCGGGUAGCUGUUGAAUGUAGUUACCUACAGUUUUCACAAUUAGAAUCAUGGUGUUCGUGGGAUCAUAUUGGUCUAAGCAAAAGCUCUUAAAUGAUAUUGAGUCAGUUCCAACUGUAUGAUAGACGAGUUUCUUUAAGUGUCGUUAUCAAAAUCGGGACUGCUGUUCCAGAGAUCAGAACGAGGGCUACCGUUUCUUUUUUUGCUCAACAGAUGGCACUAAUCUAUAUACUUAAUAUUAUAAAGCUGAAGAGUUUGUUUGUUUGUUUGAACGCGCUAAUCUCCGGAACUACUGGUCCGAUUUGAAUAAUUAUUUUUGUGUUGGGUAGUGCAUUUAUCGAGAAAGGCUAUAGGGUAUAAAACAUCACGCUAUGACCAAUAGGAGCCAAGCAGAGCGGGUGAAACCGCGCGGAAGUAGCUAGUAUAAAGUCUAUUUGUCCAAUCACUUUAGCUGUCAAAAAGUAACAUGGACAGUCCCUUACGCUUCACUAGCGACAUCUGUUGAGCAAAAAAGAACCGGUAUUAUUGUCCGCUAUUCUGUUAUUUAAUAUUAAGAUUUAUUAUAUAAGGUGAACCUUGCUGUUGACGCUUGUAAGAUGAAUUUAUUUAAACAAAUUAUCUAGGAUUAUGUUCUAUGUAUGUAUGUAAAUAAUUUGAAGUUGGAUGCUAACUUACUAUGUGUUCGUGUUAGAGGUGUACAGCAAUAUUUGUUAAUUUUGUGAUUACUUUUGUAAAUUUGAUAAUGAAAGAAAGCUUGGUGUGUCAGUAGGUUUGAGAAUCGGUUCUCGGGCUAAAUCAAGGACCUCUCAACACAUAUUAAGUUAGCAAUCGUACUAUAGUACCCUUAGUACGAGUUUGCUUUACGUUGAACGAAAACGAAACGUGAGCACGUUCAGCGCUCUCAUUGGCCGGCUCGAAUAAACCAACCAAUCAGAGCACGAACGCGCUCUCGUUUUGAUUACUUUAAACGUAAAAAAACUUAUACUAAUGGUACUGUUCUCACAUACACAACUGUCAUAAACAGUAGUGUAAUGGUUUUAAACUAUAUUUUUUUUUAACUUUUUGUAAAGUUUUUUAAAAUUUCAUCUGUGCUACUGCGUGUUAGCGUGGAUAUAAUGUAUGUAUGUAUGUCAAAAGUAUUUCAACCCUGUGAUAUUAAGUUCUUUUGUUCGAAAAUUGGCAUUUUUUAUUAAUUUCUUAUUUAUUUUUUGAGUUCAAAUAAAUUAUUAACUUGA